AUGGUUCAGCUUUCCAAGUACCUCGCUAUUGCAGCUGCAUGCCUGGCCGCUCCUGCUCUCGCCCACCCAGGAGAGAAGCAUGAUCCUCACGCUGUGAAACGUGAGGUCCAUACCCGGGAUGCCAUGGCCGCCCACGCUAAGCGAUCCAUCGGUGGUUGCGAGAGCACCUUCCAUGCGCGCGAGUUGAACAAGCGUAGCAUCGCCCGUCGCUCGCGUACCGUCCAGAAACUCCGCCAGAAGCGUGGGAUCACUACCAUUUCCCAGAAAUGGCGCCGCGAUCUUGCUGCUUUGGAAAAGUGGGAAGCUAUCGACCACAACCGCACUGGGAUUCUCGAUUACAGCCCUGCGACUCCAGAGUCGGUCGUGUUCGCCGCUAACACUAGCUUUGUUCUCUCGCCCACUAUCACUGACGGUCCCUACUAUGUCUGGGGUGAGGUCGUGCGUCAGAAUGUCAAGGAGGAGCUGUACUCAGAUGGUGUGGAUGUUUUUCUCGAGGUGCAAUACGUCGACGUGAACACCUGCAAGCCCGUCCCUGGCGCAGUGGUUGAUAUUUGGCAAGCAAAUGCCACCGGCGUGUACAGUGGAAUCUCAGAGUCAGGCAAUUACGCCGCCGACGGCUGGGACUCAACCUACCUUCGCGGCAUCCAACAGACGGAUCGCGACGGCGUCGUAACCUUUGAAAGCAUCAUUCCAGGCCACUAUGAGGGCCGAGCGACGCACACCCAUCUCCUCACCCAUCUUCACGCCACCCUCCUACCCAACAAGACCCUCAAGGCUGACACUGGUAGUGUGGCCCACAUCGGCCAGCUCUUCUGGAACGAGGUGCUUCGCACUGCCGUCGAGGACACAUACCCUUAUAAUACCAACACGCAGGACGUCACAUCCAACGCUGAGGAUAUGUGGAGUAUCGAGCAAGCUGAUAGUGCUUAUGAUCCCUUCCCGGAGUACAUUUACCUCGGUGAGAGUCUGGACGAUGGAUUGUUCGCUUGGAUUCAGAUUGGAAUCAACACCACCGCCGACUAUACCGAUGACUCUUAUUACAGUAUUGCUGCUUUCCACGAUGCCGAUGGUGGCUACCAGAAUGCUGAUAGCUCGUUCGGUGGUGGUAGCGGUGGCGGUGCUCCUCCCGGUGCCUCUGGUUCUGCUCCUAGCGGUACCAGCGGUGUGAUCCCUAGUGCUUCCGCUUCGUAUAGUGCCUCUGCUUGA